UUUCCAGUCUCUCCCGCUCCCUUCCCUUGCUGGAAGCCUGGAACCCCUGACCAAGGAGAGAUGGGCUUUGCGGCCAUUGGCUUCUCUUCUUCUCCUCUUCGCGCCCUCUCUCUCUCAAACCCUUCGCAGCGUUUGGAGGGUGGUGGAGAGGAGCAGAACCACCACCCGGCGAAGCUGACCCUUCCCUGUUCUCAUAAAUGGCGGAUAGUUAUAGCCUACGACGGCACCAAGUUCUCAGGCUGGCAGUAUCAGCGGUCUCCUCCAACCAUACAGUAUCUUAUUGAGAGUGCGUUAAUACGCAUCACAAAGCUAGACCGUAAGGAACUUCGGUUGGUUGGUGCAAGCAGGACAGAUACUGGCGUUCAUGCCUGGGGUCAGGUUGCACACUUUGUCACACCUUUCACCUAUGAUGGUUUGCAAAGUCUCCAUGCUGCAAUGAACGGGCUUCUUCCUCCUGAAAUCCGAGUUAGGGAAAUUAGUCCUGCACUUCCUGAAUUUCAUGCUCGUUUCUCCACAAAGAGCAAGACUUAUCACUACAAGAUAUAUAAUAAUCCAAUUAUGGAUCCUUUUCUGUCUCUUUAUGCCUACCAUAGUGCUCAUAAAUUCAAUCCUGCCUCUAUGAGGGAGGCUGCAGCAUAUUUCGUUGGAAAGCAUGACUUUUCAUCUUUUGCAAAUGCAUCACACAAUGACCGCCUGCCAGAUCCUGUGAAAGAAAUCUUUCGUUUUGACAUCAAUGAAAUGGGUGCUGUUUUGCAGCUUGAGGUUGAAGGAACUGGUUUCUUAUACAGACAAGUGAGAAACAUGGUAGCUUUGCUACUUCAAAUUGGAAGAGAAGCAUUGCCUCCCAAUGUUGUUCCAAAGAUCCUAGCUGCUCAGGAUCGUAGAGAGCUUGCAAAGUUUGCAUUAUCAGCUCCACCUCAUGGAUUAUGUCUCAUGUCUGUCAACUAUGAGCAUGAAAUUCUAAAACCUCCUGAAGGUGGCCCAGAUAUCAGUUUUGGCAGGACUCAUCAAGUGAGUAGAUGUAAGCUUCCAUUUUAUUGACUGAAGGAGCAUUUUUUGGAACAUUAUUCAGUAUUUCACUACCAAUGCGAAAUUAAAAUUGGUAUGAAUUGAAUAAAUAAAAAUAAUAUAUAAUACAAGAGUUAGCAGAGUUAAAA